UUUUCAAGUUUGUAAACAUGGAAUGUGAGAUUAAAAUGUUCCCAGUGAUCUAAUUUUAUUAAAAAAUUUAAAUUAUUAUUCUUUAAUUAAUAUUUCUUCGUGUUUGCAACAUUAAUCAUAGAUGCCUGCUCCCUGAACACUCGAUCUCUUCAUCGCUGUACCUGUAAAUUCGCAACAAAAGGAAGCUGUAAAAUUGACGAGAAUGCCGCGUAAAAAUCUUUCGAAAAUUCACGACUUUUACGAAUACAUUGACGGAAAAUCAAUAUGUCAAGUGACCGAUAUAGCUGGCAAUGUUUGCGAAGUAGCAGUCAAGGGACGACAUGCUGGUAAUUUGGAAAAACACGUAUUUAGAAACCACGAAUCAGUAUGGAACGAUUACUAUCAUAAUUACAAACUGCCUAUGCUGGCUAAAGAAGAAGCUUCUUACUCGACGCCGCCACCGAAACGAGCAAAAAUAGCACCAGAAUACGUUAAAGUUACAGACAAGGCUCUCGAUAACUCUAAUUUCACGUAUAGAAACGUAGAAAAAGCGUGUAUAACGAUGGCUACCGUUGAUGGUAGACCUUUAUCGUUCGUCGAAGAUAUCGGUUUCCGAAUGAUUCUGGAUCCUUUACUCGGUAUCAUGAAUAACACCGAUCGUAAAAACUACAUUAAUUUCUCGAUGAAUAAAAACAAACUGCAGAAGUUAAUCAAAGAAGAAGCCGAGAAUUUGAAAUACGCGAUAAAUAAGAAGAUAGCGAGCAGAUUGAUAUGUUUGAAAAUAGACUGCGCUUCCAUCUUCAAUAAGCAUUUUUUAUCGUUAAAUGUGUUCUUCAAAGAACCCGAUGGGUUUUGUUUGCAUACUCUGCCGCUUGUCGAAGUGCCUGAUAUAUCGAAUAGUGAUGUUAUUAAAAUGACCAUAUUAGAGAGUUUAUCGUUAUAUGGUAUACUACCAGCUCAGAUUUACGCUUUGGUCGUCGAUAGCACCGUGAACAUAGUGAGCCCCGAUGAUAUAUCGAAAGAUGAAAGUUUAGAAGAGCUGUUAUUCGACGAAUAUAGGAAACCUGCCGAUGAAUCCGAAGCUGGAGAUGCGAAUGAAUGUAAAACAGAAAGUGAUCCGAAUGCUUCUACGAAUUCGGCCAACGAUUCUGAGUUUGAUACUUUUGUCAUCGAAGUCGACUACGAAAGUGAAAGUAUAACCACUGUUAAUGAACCUGCUGCUCAAUCUCAAUCUCAAUCUAAUAACGUUCAAGAUAAAUCUGAAGAGUUCAUCAACAAAGUGGUCGAGUGCUGGGCUGAUGAAGAUAUAAGUUGUGUAGUCUGCCCAGCUCAUUUAUUCGAACUGGUGAUCAAAGAAGCGUUGAAACGUUCAAAUAUGAUCAGUUUACCGAAGAAAGUACGAGAAAUAUUGAAAAAGUACAGAACACCGGAAUUUCUACGAACGCUUUAUGUUCAUAGUAAACGAACGAUACUCCUCGAUCAUCCGGACAAAUGGAUAUCUACGUACGAUAUGUUCCAAAGAUUACUAGAAUUGAAACCGUUCUUGAAGAAAAUGUCCCAGUCCAAAGACUUAUUCAUUUCUGCCAAUCAGUGGAAGCAAAUAGACGAUUACAUCACCUCCUACGCUCCUGUACGAGCAGCGGCACAUAAAUUGCUAACUGAGAACGUAUCGUUGAGCGAAUUUUUCAAAAUUUGGACGACCUGUUUACUAAAAACCAAAAAAAUUGGAACUCCGUUAGCUGAUGUUGUAAUUCAAGUUAUGCAGCAACAUCAAGAUGCAUUUUACCAAAAUAACGUAUUCCUGUCGUGUUUAUUUUUGGAUCCUCGUUUCAAAAAUAUUAUAGAUGAGAAAUACGUACCGGAUAUUGUAGAUCACCUAGGCGAAUUGUAUUUUAAAAUAAUUUCCAUGAAAUCCGAAGAUGAAAAUUACGAUAUAGAUUUCGUUGACUUGUCAGAUUACAAAUCAGAACCAAACGUAUCGGAGAACACAACCAACAAUCGUUCUCGUAGUCCAGACGUCAACGACUUCAUUAAAUCUAUGAUUAAACCUCUCUCGGAUAACGAAAACAACGACGAAUCUAAAGAAAACAUCAAGUGUCUGCUGAAGACGUUUUUCGACUCAGAGCCUCUGCUUGGUGUUAAGGAAGAUGUACUGAAGUUCUGGAGUGAUAAGAAGUACGCUUAUCCUGAAUUGUAUAAGAUUUCACAAACUGUAUUCGGCGUUUCAUCUUCGCAUUACUCGAUUAAUAAGUUGACUUCUCAAUUGAAUUAUUUGUAUAAUCCUCAUACCAGUAUGUCGUUAGCUGCUCCUAUAGUUAAUGAUAUUUUGACCGUUCGUGUCAACAGCGAUGUGGCUAAGUUUAAGUGAUCGUUCGAAUUUCGGUUCGAUAAUUUAUUUAAUGAAUGUUUUGUAAAAACGAUGAUUUUUUCCAGUGAUUCAUUUUUAUUUCGUUUUCAUUCGUAAUUUCAUGUAUAGUGUGAAAAUAAAAGCUGCACGUUUUUA